AUGCUCGUGGUAGAGAGUACCCGAUGUCACGCCAACGCCCUGGACAAGCCAGAUAUUGUGUCCGCCUGCGCCCUUGCCUGCCUGCCCGUGUCACCAACGAAGCAAUCGCAUCAAGCUGAAUCACAUCAGAUCUGCAGUCUAGCACUUGGCAAGUCAUCAACAAAGCUAUCAUUUCUUGAUAAUCGCGGCACGUUUGCUCUUCAGCACCGCGCACCGUCCCCCGACGCUCCAAACACACAGCAGAUACGCGUGAGUCACCCCUUGGGCGGCUCCCGCAUCACCGACCUUCUCGCCGGCAAGAUGAGUAACCGCCACCAUCUGCCGGCUGGGCAGAGCGUGCAUGCCCCCAGUGGCAUGCCCGUGGAGAUGAGCGGGCCUGGCCCGGCAGGAGGAGGAGGCCCAAGACGACGACACCAGCAUCAGCAGUACAUGCCGCAGUAUCAUCACCAGAUGAACCCCAUGUACCAAAAUUAUGGCCACCAGCACAAUCCCUACGCGCCUCCCCAACAAUAUUACAGCAUCCCGCCGCAAUUUCAAAAUGGAGGUAUGCCCUCGCCGGGAUACCCGCCCUACCAAGGAUACUCCCGCUCGCCGCCUGCUAUGCCACAAUACGUGCCCAUGGCCGGCGUCAGCGUUACUCCAAACUACCCUCCCCAUGCUCAGAACUCACCCAGCUUGUCGACUCCUUACCAACCGCCUCAUUCGACUGUUCCCCUGACUCCGCAUACGCCCUCCUCGACACACUCUUCUCAAAUUCAGCCGCCACCCACACCACCGACACCCAAAACGCACGAGAUCACAACCCCGCCUCCUACAGUCCAGCCCGCUGUCGAGCACCCUACACCUCCCUCACCACCGCCUGUUGCUGACAAGGCGUCAUUCCGUCCUCCUCUGCCUUGGCUGUCAUGCGCCGCAGCCGAUUUUCCCGCGAGAACUACGCGUACCCGCAAGUCGCGCCAGCAGAUCGACAAAACCACCGGGACUGUUUUGCUCCCCAAGGGUCAACAAGAUGCUGCUACGGCUUCUCUCUCCGUUGAACAGCCUCUGUCUGCAACUCCCGAGACUACCGAGCAAGCACAGGCUGUGGAUAUUAAAGCUGAGACACCAACCACGCAUGCUCCCUCACCUGAGCUGCCAGCGGCCGAGCCCAGCAAACCAGUUCCGGCUGUGCGCGCGCCUCCGGCUACCUGGGCCAAACUCUUUGCCAAGACCCCUGUUGCGGCUGUUGUCACUCUCAAUGGAGAUAACACUACUUCUAAUGAGACCAACGGCGCGACUCAUGAUGGAAGCACCGAUAUCAUUUCCUCUGUUCUCAAGGCCAACUCUAACUCUGUCGCGGAAGCCAUUCGUUCGUACAGAGUCGGCGGAGCUGAGAAAAAGACCGUCUUCCUAGAACCUCGCGGCCUCAUUAAUACCGGCAACAUGUGCUACAUGAAUUCGGUCCUUCAAGUCCUCAUGUAUUGCUCCCCGUUUUACGACUUCCUCGACCAGAUUAGCAAGCGUGCUGUUUACAGCUUCAACAGCGAGACGCCGCUGUUGGAUGCCAUGAUCAUGUUUAUGCAUGAAUACAAAGUGCUCAAAUCGGCACCGAACAAUGAGCAGCUGCGUAAGCUCAUCCGCGGCGAGGAGAUUGAGCGUUACGGAGAGCCAUUUACCCCUGACUUCGUGUAUGAGGCUAUAAGGCAGCUCUCGCGGUUCGCUAGCAUGCGUCGGGGUCACCAGCAGGAUGCCGAGGAAUUUCUUGGCUUCCUGCUCCAGUCGCUCGACGAUGAAUGCACCCUUGUCAUGAGCAACGCCUCCCAAACCGCCAGCCAAACCGACAGCUCCGACGCGGCUUCGGUGGGUGGAUCCGUCGACGCGACUGGCGACUGGCUCGAGGUUGGCCGUAAGCAACGCCCGGCUGUCACCCGUUCUUCGGGCUCCAACGCAUCUACCCCUGUUACUAAGAUCUUUGGCGGUCUUUUGCGCUCCGAGUUCCGCGUUCCCGGCUUGAAGGACUCCAUCACCACGGAACCCUACCAACCCCUUCAGCUUGACAUCGGCGCACCUGAGAUUAGAAACGUUGUGGAUGCCCUCCGUGGUCUCACUCGCCCUGAACGUAUGCAGGGUGACUUCAACUCGCCUCGCGGCAAGGACAUCACUGCGACUAAGCAGGUCUUCAUCGAAACCUUACCUCCUGUUCUCAUUUUGCACCUCAAGCGCUUCCAGUUUGAUGCUGAAGGCGGCACGACUAAAAUUUGGAAGAAAGUCGGAUACCCUCUCGACCUGGAGAUCCCCCGCGAAGCUCUCUCUCGCCAGGCACGUCAAAGCAUGGCUGAUGGCGCUUCGCCGAGAUACAAGCUCAUUAGUGUCAUUUACCAUCAUGGCAAGAACGCCAGCGGCGGUCACUACACCGCCGAUGUUCGUCGCCAGGAUGGAUGCGAAUGGAUGCGCCUCGAUGAUACGGUUUUGCGCCGUCUCCGUAGCGAGGAAGUUGCACAAGCCGGUUCAGAGGAGCAGAUCAAGGAUGCCCGCAAGGACAACAGCCAAGCCGGCACCAACAACCGCUUCGGUGUCAUGCAUGACGAAGACGAGGGCAGCGAGCAGGGCUGGAACCAGGUGACUGCUUCUACGGGGAGCGGUGGAAAGCGAUGGAGCAACGUCGUCAAUAGCGCUGUCAAUGGGGCCAGCAAAGACAAGUACAGGAAGGAAAGUGUCAGAGACAACAAGGUGGCAUACAUCUUGUUCUACCAGCGUGUCUAA